AUGCGCAACAUUCAUGACGACCUAUCAUUUUCUGAACCCCCAAUUGAACCUUUUUUGCCGAGUCGCCCUUCACUGCUAGGAUUACCCAAUUCGGCUAGCAGUGGUGGUGGGGGCAUCAGCCCUCCUCCGCGCGGUCUGGUAGUGCUUUGUCUUUCUCCCAGUCGAUCCACAAACGCAACGAGGCAUGCACGCCGCAGCCGACUGCGGCUUCUUUCGGAUUCUACCACUCCCUCAGGUCCCGUGGCAGGCGGCGGUCCUCCAGCGUUGGGAUCCUCUUCUGCGUCUUCGGUAGUAGGCAUCGCAAUGACUAACCCAACGACCUCUUUAUCCCCUUUGGUAGCACGCCCUGGUCAUCCCUUAGCGGUCUACACCCCUUAUGUUAUAGUUGAGGGGCAGCGGAACGACGCUGUGCCCUUCCCCCCCUCCCCUUCCCUUUCCCAUAUCAGUUCUUCUCAGUUAAGACGAUCUCCUUGUCCUACGGCAACUUCAACCCCCAACACGAAUUUCCCUCUUUCCACCACGGAAUCCUUGGCGGGACAGAUUUGUAACGGACUCCGCAGUGGGGCCCCUGUGGAUUUGAACGCUCCCUUAUCUGUCCUUUCCAUGGCUGAGGGAAGAGGAGGGGAGGUGAUUACGAUUGAUCUGGGUGCCUCCGGGGCUGGUAAGACCCAUUUCCUGCUUGGAUCGACUUUUCCUUUUCCUGAGUACGAGGGGGGUGAUGGGAUCUACCACAAUUCAAUGCCCGAUGAAAGCCUCCUCACUGCGGUGAUGACGAGGCUUUUUUCGGGAAAUAUUCACUCACAUGAGGUUUCUGCGAUGGGAAAAACGGGCCGUGUGGAGGUUGCAGUGAGUGCCAUUGAGUUGAGGGAUGCCACGGUAUUUUCCCCCGUUUCCACAGCGUAUCACCCAACCGAGGCGGUCGACUUACUAUCCGGGAGAAGCGAUCUCUAUCUGCCGGGAUCUAAUACCGCCUUUCCGAUAGAUUUUUUUCCCAAGUCGGAUGAAAAGGCGAAGUUCGAUGGGGUUGGAAGCUCGCCAACGGGAUGUUUUAUGGAGAGCUGGACGGAUAUACCCGCCGCGCAGUAUGUUUGCUGCACCUCCACCGUGGAGGUGCGGCGUGUGAUCGGGGUAGCGCUCUCCCGCAGCCUCGGCUGGGAUCCUGUUCGUGUGGAUGGAAAAAGACCCGAUAUGCGCAUGGAGAGUGGAAAGGAAGGUGAAAGUGAAAUGAGGGGCGAGGUGGAUGGGGACAGGGGGACAUGGUUUCUGAGGCCCAAGGAUCGUAAAGAGCAUAGUCACCUUUUGUUCACUAUUCUAGUGCGGCAGAAGACAGAUAUUUUAGGGGAUAAGUGUCAUGUUGAUACUUCUCAAUCCACUUCUUCUAAACGGCGCUCAAUCGUUGGUGUGUGGCGACUAUGGGACUUAUCGGGUCCGCUUCCUUAUAAUGAGGUUAUUGGAACUUCAUCCUCAAUACCUUCUUCAUGUUCUGAAAUUUCUUCCUGGACGUUUGCCGAUUACACUUAUCAUGCCCUCAGACAGUGGACACUAAGCCUUGGAUGUGUGUCCUCAGAUUCACAAGAUACAAAGAAUAAGGUCGAUGUACGCAAUCCAUCCGUGCGUAUGAUUCAGGCGUGUAUGGAAGAGUCAUGUUCAACAUGUAUUUUUAUUGCGUCUUUAUGCCAAGAUGCUUCCUUCGACAAACUUAAUGAGAAUGUGCUCAACUCAGCUGCUGCGUGGCAAGCAUGGGCCAUUCGUUCACGUGAAGGGCAAAAUAAUUCCAGUGAAAGGGCUUUCCAAUGUAUUUCUCAACGCGAGGAGAACCUCCACGCGGCUCGGCGUGUACUUAAGAAAUUUGCCGUGAAUGCGCAUACAUACUUACACCAAAUCGAAAUGUUGCCUCUUUUUACGAAAAGGGAACUGAGAAGGCGUCAUCUCGCUUCGGGUUCAGUGAUUGCACAUAAUUUAAUAGAGAGAAUGUCGAGUGUAGAAAGGGAUUCUGAAGGGGGAGGAUUCAUCUCUACCGAUGUGAUUCACGAAUUCCAGGGUACAGACAAAGAAUUUCCGAGAGCUGAAUCAUCUCCUUCCAUUAAGGCGACCUCUCCGAACCUUGUCACCUCGCAUGACACCACUAUAGAUAGUGUUGGUCGGAGUCUUAAAUUACCGAACCGUAGGGUGGAGGAGGUGCAACAUCCCAUACCACCACCACCACAGCCUGAUCCCAUUCAUCCCUGUUCGUCACCCUCACCUACCACCUUCUCCCACACCGACCUCCCCUCGGCAGUUGACCCGUACCAGCCCCGCCCCCUGUUAGACCCUCACCAGGGGGAGACGACCCAUGAUACGGGCUGUGCCAGCGGUCGGCGCACUGUUCCGACGCCGCCCUUGCCUCCUUGGGCCUCCCCCGGUCCCGUGACGGACGUUCUGGGGGAGGCCCCGUCCCCGACCUUCCCCCACCUCACCCAUCUGUUACAGCAUUGGUUACUCGAGUUGCGGCGUGGGGUGGGGACUUCGGUCCCCGACGAGGCAAUCUUUCCGCAGGGGUGCGCGAUGGCCGUGGGGGGGCACUCGCCGGGCUUGAGCACGCGAACGAGCCUUGACGAUGAUUCGCAGAAAACAAGGCUUUGCAUCGCCUCUACAGAGGCCGCGAGACCGGUAAACCCUUUUGCGGUAAUGCCGAUUGGGGACCCUGGGGUGAGGGGUGCGUUGCUCGAACGUUCUAUAACCGGGGAUGUGCGCCAGCCCCAGUUUAGCCUUUUGAUGGAAGCUUGGAGCAAGGCGUGGGGGGCGACCCAGACCCUUCAAACGUGUUAUGCCGAUGACCUCCGGGAUGCUCAGAGGGAGAUGGAUCAGCUCUGGCAGGUAGUGAUGAUGGAAAGACAGAAGAGCCAGUCCCUGCUAGGGCGUGUGUCCCAACUCGAGCAGCAGCUUCGCAUUGCCACCCGAAAGCUUUCAUUUUACGAGAGACAAGAACGCGGUGGGAUGGGGGGGGACGAAUCAAGCGCACCCCCUGCAACGCCUCGCAGUGCAGAAAUUUCGUCUUUGGGGGCACUUUUGGGGAAGGGUGAGCAGAAUGGACAAAGGGACUCAGCGCAAUCCAAGCCGUCCUUGCAUCCCAUUUUAAGAAAAAGAGAUUUAAGUAGCAGCGUCACUGACAGCACGGCAACACCGCAUGUCGCCUGUAGUUUUAUUGAGAAAAGUAUCUCCGAAAGGUCUCUCGAGCAUUCUGAUUCCACAGCUUUCAUUGAUGCCAAAUCAGUGAGUUCCGAGGCGGCGCAGUACUUGUCGAACCUCUUGUCCAGGGCCUUUAGAUUUCGGGAAUGUGGUCGGGAUCAUGAACAGGACCAGUUUAAACCUUUUCGAUCCAACGAGGCAGAACCCUUUUUUGAGGUCCAGGUUGUGCCGUGGCCCGACUAUCCUUCGCACGACGAAUCCAUCCUGGAGGAGGACAUGAAUCUUUCAGCAAUUGCUCAACCUCAAGUCACAAAUCUGUUUUCUGGGAGUUCGACAGCUGCCGGUCUGCCUUGGGAUGAAUCUCUCAAAAUGUCCACAAAAAAGUCCAAUGAACUACGUCCACCUUUAUCACCAGCAUUUAGACAGGUCACUGUACUUGAUAAAUAG